AACGGGCUCAAUGUCUAUUCUCUCAAAACCUCCUCUGUUUCGUUCUUCUCGUUCCCUCUUCUUGGUGGAUUUUCUGUCAUAGUUAUUCUCCGGUGGUCUUUCGGAAUCAUAGUUGUUAUCACUUCAUCGGUCUCUACCUUAGAUUUGAAGCCUACUAGCUUCGUCAAUCCUCUGCUAGGGUUGCUGAAGUGAUUGAAGUAUUGACACUUCUAAAAAUUGAGUUUCUUUAUAAAUGGAUCCUCGGCAAACAAGCAAGCAUCCUCGCAUAACGACAGAGGUUUAUGAUAAGAAUGCCAAACAACGUGAAAUGUAUCGCGAUAUGCCCACAGCUUAAAAAAAUGCACUUCUACUGCAGCGGCGCCUCAAAAAAAGAGAAGCAACAACUACAAGUCUUCUUCCAAAUACAAACUCUGUCAAUCCUGUGGAACCAAUAUAUGUUGGCCAGGAUAAUCUUGAUGUUGGAUGCUCUUCUUCUAUUUCAAAAACAGUAGUCGCCGAGUGCGACGUCGUUACAGCACCAACUGUACUUCAAAAGGGCAAAGAAGUAGCUCAUCCUUUUCGAUCUUUUGAAAACGGUUCGACAUCAGGCACCUCAAAUGCGGCGCAUGCUCCAACUGCUGAAAAAGUUUCAAUUGCCAAACCAUCACAUCGCACUGAAAUGUGAUUCUGGAUUUGAUCAACGAGUAUUCAAUUUACCAAGUACUGCUGAGGUUGCAGCGAUAUGGGUUGACGAGAAUGAUGGUGGUGCUAUUCAUAUACCACAUAUUCAGAUUUAUACUCACAACAACAGAACACAAAGAGUCAACUAUUUCGGAUGCUAUGAUCCUUUACAAUAUCCUCUAUUGUUUCCAUAUGGACAAAGUGGGUGGCACUGCGGUAUUAAAAAGUUCCGUAGUGCUGAAAAUAUUCGUAGAAGACAUGGUUUGUCUGACUCUGAACAGAUACCAAAUAUAAAUUUUUUUACGUCUGUUGAUGGAUACCUUGCUAUGGAAGAUCAAGUUCUACAAAAAGGAAAACAAAAGCGAGAUACAGUUUCAGUUCGGGAAUACUGUUGUUACAAAUUUUAGAUGAGAAACGACGUUGAAGAUGAACUUCUACAUACAGGGAGAAUAUUUCAACAGUACUCAGUAGAUGAAUAUAUAAAAUUGGAGACUCAAAGACUAGAUUUUGUUUUCUUCAAUCAAAAUUUGUUCAGAAUGGAUGUAUUGCAGGGACUCAUUGACAUUUUGAGACUUGGUGAACGAGAUGCUUCUAACAUUGGGAAACAAACGUUUCUGCCUGAUUCCUUUAUAGGAGGUCCUAGGGAUAUGCGUCAACGGUAUAUGGAUGCUAUUGCGUUAGUACAAUGUUUUGGAAAACCCGACUUAUUUAUAACGAUGACAUGUAAUCCAUCUUGGCCAGAGAUAGAGGAACAUCUGCCACCAAGUGAUGAGGCACAAAAUAGACUUGACUUGAUUAGUAGAGUAUUUAGAGCCAAAAUAGAAGAGCUUAAGACAGAUAUACUGAAACGAAAUAUCUUCGAAAAAGUUGUUGCUUUUAUGUACACUGUGGAGUUCCAGAAAUGAGGUUUACCUCAUGCUCAUUUUCUUAUUAUAUCAUGUAAUGACCAUAAACUGUUGACACCAGAGGCAUAUGACGAACUAAUUAGAGCAGAACUGCCGGAUUGUAAUACGGACCCAGAUUUGCAUAAGCUUGUAGUGAAGCAUAUGAUGCACGGUCCUUGUAGUAGUUUAAAUCCAACAAAUACUUGUAUGAGGAAAAAGGGUUACUGCAAGUUCAAAUAUCCAAAAAUGUUUGCCGAUCAAAGAUCAAAAGGUAAUGAUUCAUAUCCAAUUUAUAGGCGACGCAACACUGGGGAAGUCGUGAAAGUAAGAAAGCAUUAUUUAGAUAACUCUUGGGUUGUUCCAUAUAAUCCGUAUUUACUUGGCAAAUUCAAUUGUCACAUGAAUGUUGAAGUUUGUUUGGACAUCAAAGUCGUAAAGUACCUUUAUGAAUACAUUUGCCAAGGACAUGACAGGAUUGCAUUUUCUGUACAGAACAAUGAUACAAAUGUAGAAAUAGAUGAGGUAAAAGAAUAUCGAUCUGCUAGAUGGGUAUCACCUCCUCAGGCUGCAUGGCGUAUCUUUCAAUUUCCUAUUAGUGAAAUGUCUCCGAGCGUUUACCGUCUUCAGCUGCAUCUUGAGGGGCAACAAUUUGUUUCUUUCAAGAAGAACAUGGAUGUAAAUGCAAUAGUAAACAAUCCCAUGAUUAGGAAAACCAUGCUAACAGAGUUCUUCUAUAUGAACAGAACUGAUCAUCAUGCUAUGGAGCUAAAUCUAUUGUACAGAGAAUUUCCUGAACACUUCGUCUGGUCCUCUGGUGAAAAAUUUUGGGCACGUCGGCAAUGUCGUUCUGCUGUUGGUUGCAUCGUAACAUGUCAUCCAACAGAAGGUGAACGAUAUUAUCUUCGAUUAUUACUAACACACGUGCGCGGACCGACAUCAUAUGCAGAUCUUUUGAUGGUAAAUGGAGAACCAUGUAGUACAUUUAGAGAAUCUGUUGAAAAACGAGGAUUACUACAUUGUGAUGACAGUUUGAUGGAAUGCAUGUCUGAAGCAGCCAGUUAUCAGAUGCCAUAUAGUCUAAGGCGUUUAUUUGCUACACUACUGGUGUACUGCAACCCUACCAAUCCCAGAGAUCUAUGGGAGCAAUUUGAAGAGUUAAUGUCUGAAGAUUAUAAAAGGUUACUGAAAUUCGAUAUCAAGUUCUGAAUCACAUUAACGAUAUUUUGCACUCUAUGGGUCAUACUGUAAAUGAAUACGAGCUUAUCGCGGAAACUAUUAGGCCUUCUGCGGCAGCCAAAGAGGCAAAAAGAUUCACUUUGAAAGAAGUAUUACUGUUAGUGAAGAGGACGCAUUAUUGCAUAAGAAAUUAAACAAAAAUCAACUGACAGCAUAUGAUCUGAUUGUUAAGAGAGUAUUUUCGAAUAAAAUGGGUGCUUUUUUUGUCGACGGUCCAGGAGGAACUGGGAAAACAUUUUUAUACCGGGCUUUACUAGCAACUGUACGUUCUAUGGGAUAUAUCGCUUUGGCAACUGCUACUUCUGCUGUUGCUGCUUCUAUUCUCCUCGGUGGGCGUACUGCGCAUUCACGCUUUAAAAUUCCCAUUAAUAUUGAUGAGAACGUCGCUUGCAGUAUUAGCAAACAAAGCGCACUUGCAAGUUUAAUCCGUGAUGCAAAGUUGAUUCUAUGGGAUGAAGCAUCUAUGGAAAAUAAAAGAAUGGUGGAACUUUUAGAUUUGCUGCUUAAAGAUCUUAUGGAUACAGAUAUAUUAUUUGGUGGAAAAGUUGUUGUUUUUGGAGGUGACUUCAGGCAGACUCUGCCCGUCGUGAGAAAUGGAAAAAGAGAAGAUUUUGUAAAAGAAAGUUUGUUAUAUUCUACCAUCUGGACUCAACUAGAAAACGUACAUUUAUCCGAAAAUAUGAGGGCAAAACCGGAUCCGGCAUUUUGUGAUUAUUUGUUACGAAUUGGAAAUGGUCAAGAACGCGUUACGUCAACAAAUAAGAUUGAAAUUCCACAUUCAUUUAUUGUUCCAUUCACAACUGAAAAAGAAUCUUUGGAUAAACUAUUCAGAUUGACAUACCCAUAUUUGAAUUCAUCUGCCUAUAGUCCUUCUUGUACAUACUCCCGUGUAAUUUUGACAACAAAAAACAAUUUCAUCGAUGAAAUCAACAACAUGCUUAUUGAUCUAU